AAUACCCAAGAUGUCUGCGCCCAGAGCGGUUGUCAGAUUGCUGAGACCUCUCUGUACAAGUAAUUCCAAUGCAAGUCUCAUAUUUACAAGACGUACAAUGUGUGUUACCAAAAAAGCUAUUCCAAAGCCAAAAGAAGUGCGGAAAGAGUUACAAUCAAUUGUGGGUGCAACAAAAAUAUCCAGUUUCAGUGACCAACAAAACCUCGACAUCCUUAAACUCUCUUCACUUCUUGUCAAUGACCAAUCAGAAUUAAAAACACGGUGCAUGAAGGACAGUUACAGAGAAUGCAUCAUUCCACUGAGCACGGACCACAAGCUACGGGAUCGUUAUAUGACAGUGCUGAAAGGAGUAAGAUUUGGGAGGAUAUUGGAAGACCUUGACACUAUGGCAGUCUGGAUAGGCUACUCUCACAAUGACAACCCGGAGAUUUAUGGUCAAGUCAGUCCGCUGGUCAUUGUCACGGCACUGGUGGACAGAAUAGAUCUGAAGCAUGAAGAAUUUGUGGCCGAUCGCGACAUCAAGAUAGCUGGUCAUGUGACCUGGGUGGGAAAGACGUCAAUGGAAAUAGAAAUGGGCGUGAUGCAGGAGCUAAAUGGAGAGUGGCAUGAACUCAUCAAGGCACAUUUUCUCAUGGUUGCUAGGGAUCCAUUAAAUAAAAGGGCAGCCAUUGUGAAUCCUCUAGCACCAGUAAAUGAUGAAGAAAGGGCAUUGUUCCAAAAAGGAGAAGUUAAGAGGGCUUUAAGACAGCAACAGAAGGACCAAUCUCUUAUGAAGGUCCCUCCCAAUCAAGAGGAGGGUGAUAUUGUACACGGCUUAUUUCUGGAAAUCAUAGAUCCAGAAGCUGGUACCUUCAAGAGGACCAAGAAGCCAGAGGGGUCCAUGUGGAUGGAGGAGGCCAUCUUGAAAAAUAUUCAUAUUUGUCAGUGGGAGAACAGAAAUCUGUAUGGCAAGAUGUUUGGGGGAUUUUUAAUGAGGCGAGCCUUUGAACUGGCCUGGUGCAAUGCUUCUGUUUACAGCCACACCCGGCCCAGAGUAAUAGCAGUGGACGACAUCAUGUUCCAGGCCCCGGUGGAAGUGGGGAGUUUGCUGUAUUUGUCUUCACAGGUCGUGUACACAGACGGGCCUUGUAUUCAGAUGAAGGUCCAUGCAGAGACAGUGGACCCUUUGAAGGCAGAGCAUAAAACAACCAAUGUAUUUCACUUCACUUUUAAAACCGAUAUUCCAAAAGUGCCAAGAAUUAUGCCAAAGUCGUAUAUAGAGGCCAUGAUGUACAUAGAUGGGAGAAGGCAUUAUCUAGAAACCAUGGGGCAAUCUUGAUAGUACAAACACGCAUCGGCUAGCAU